GGCCAGCCGGAGCCACGGACAGUUUCAGUCAAGGCCAAGGCUCUCGUGGUGAAGGUGUUCCUCAAGGCGGGACGCCCUGCAAACACUCGCCACUCGUCUGCCUUAUAGUUUGUCUUCUUGUUAUUCGCGUGAGCCAUCAUAUACGUCGAGGAAUGUUAUGAUACACCCCAGUACGAUUAGCUCAUAAUUAUGUUAGUGAGAACAAAUAACCAGCACGUAGGGUUUGCCCUGCUGCUGUUGCUGCUGGGAUUUUCCUGGGGAUUGCAAGUUCACUCAGAUGAUGGUAAUCAGCAUACUCAGAAUAAGAGAGAAAAAGACUCUGUGAGUUUACUGAAUUCGCUAGAAAAUACCAAUAUUCCACAAAAAUCUCGUCGGGAGGCGAGAUAUGACGAAGGUAAUAUCAGAUAUGACUCUGCAUCAGCGGAUAGUAAAGAAAUUUUGGAAAAGAUAAAAACAGCGUCCUCGACUAGGCUGCUUUCAUCGCCAAAGCUGGGCGCCAAGUUCUCCCGAGGGUACAUCGAUCUGGGUUCCAGAGACCCUGUGGAAGAGGGCGCUGCCACCCUGGCCUUCGUGUUCGACACCACGGGUUCCAUGUCCGAUGAUUUGCGGCAGGUGAUCGACGGUGCUGGCAAGAUCCUCAACACUGUACUGGAAAAGUUUGAACGACCCAUCCACAACUAUGUCUUCGUCCCUUUCCACGACCCAGAGGUGGGACCCAUGACUGUCACAGCUGAUCCACAAGAAUUUCAGGAGUCACUAAAGAAGUCGUUCAUUUUUGGUGGUGGCGACUGUCCCGAGAUGGCUGUCAGGGCGAUCAAGAUGGCCCUAGAAGUUAGUCUCCCAUCGUCUUACGUCUACGUCUUCACUGAUGCUCGUGCUAAGGACUUCUACCUAUUAGAUGAUGUACUAAGACUAAUACAGAAGAAACAGUCUCAGGUGGUGUUCGUAAUGACUGGUGAUUGCGGUAACCACACCCACCCAGGUUACCAGGCCUUCGAGACUAUUGCCUCUACCUCCUCGGGCCAGAUCUUCCACUUGGAUAAGAGUGAUGUGAAAGAGGUUUUGAAUUUUGUAAGAUUAUCGUUGGAAUCCCGAAAGGUAAAUCUUUUGUCCAUCGACCGUGAGAGCGAGGGCCCAGGAGAGGAAAAUUUACCACUCUUGGUUGACCGGACACUCAAGCACUUUACCAUCUCCGUCUCAGGGGAGAAGCCCAAGAUUCAGAUUUAUGGUCCAGAAGGGGAAGAUGUCAGCCAGAAUACAGGAGUGGAGAACUUACUGGCCUUGGAGAAUGUGAAGAUUGUAGGAGUAAAAGAACCACCGCCAGGUCGGUAUAACAUCUCGGUGGGCAGUGAAAGCAAGUACACCGUCCGGGCGACUGGACUUUCCUCUCUCAGUUUUGAUUACGGGUUUUCUCUUGAGCCCACCGUUAAUUUCAAGGAGACUUACCACAGGCCCAUGAAAGGUGGUUCAUCGUAUGUGGUCGUUAAGCCAGCAGACAUAACAGAAUUUGGAGACAUAUAUCGCCUGCAGAUGGUAUCCCUCAAAGGUGAUAUCCUUGAAGACUUACCCCUCUAUCGCCUGCCGGGUCCACAACCUGUUUACAAUGGCACGUCCUUCCUUGCCCCUAAUGAACCUUUCAACAUUAAGAUCUUUGGACGAGACGAACACGGUUACGAGUUUGAGAGGUUUUCCCCAACGGCAAUAUCCUCUCAGCUUCCUUUUGCUCCAGAGGUUGUAUCGGCUGAACGAGCUCAUGGGUACUUCGACGAGCCUGCCAUUAUUUCCUGUCACGUUAAGACCCUCGUGCCGUUUACUCUCUCGUGGCAGAAAGGCGGCGUAGAACUCAGCCCUUCACAAACUUACCCUCAGUCAGCAGAAGUGGCACACGUAGUGGAGUCUCCCACCAGAGAGGAUGAGGGGCGUUAUACGUGUGUAGCUACGAACAUCGCCGGUAGUGCCUCUUCAAGCAUCUUCCUCGACAUGAAGGAACCACCCCCACAGAUUGCUGCCCCAGUCAAUACCUCAGUGAUACCAACUCAGGCUGCUGUUCUGUCCUGUGAGGUCAGCUCCACUGUGGAGUAUAACCUAACCUGGUACCGUUAUGUUGUCCAGGGGCAGGUGCAAGAUUUCUUCGGAAGAACGGAAACUAUUGGAGAAUUUGUGAGUGUUGAAGGGUUGGAAGGAUACCGAGUGCUGAGUAACAAUUCUCUCCUCCUGGAAGAUGUUAGCUUGAGGGAUGAGGGCUGGUUCAGGUGUACAGCUGCCAAUGAAGGUGGAAGAAUCUCCCGAGAGGUUCAUGUAUCAGUGUUGGCACCUCCGGAAGUGUCCAUUGUGCCAGACGUGGUGCUGUACCAGACCAGGGAUAAUAUAACCGUCUCCUGCACUGGUCGUGGUUUCCCAGAGCCUACCAUCAGCUGGUGGAGGGGGAACACCCAGCUGACAGGGACCAAAGGAAGGAUUUCUGUUUCUGACGACCAUAAGCUGAAUCUUUUUCUAGCUAACCCAGAAGAUGGUGGACCUUAUACCUGUAGUGCCUCAAGCUCAGCGGGUACAGUAAGAGCGACGGUGAUGUUGAACUUCAUCACAGCGCCUCAAGUGACAGCAGUGCAAGAACAGGUGCUGGUUGGUAGUGGUGAUACAGUGGUGCUUCAGUGUCAGGUGAGAGGGACGCCUCCUCUAACUGUCAGAUGGUUGAAGAAUGAUGCUGUAGAGGUCACCCCAAUGUCCUUUAUCCAGGUGGAGGGUGACCACCUGAAGAUCUUGGGUGUACAGGAGAAUGAUGCUGGUUGGUACACCUGUAUAGCCACCAAUCUAGCCGGCACAGCACAGGCCCACAUCUCCCUCAGUGUUGGUUCACCACCCACUGUCAUUCAUGCCCCGGCAGACACUGUGGUGGAGAUCGGCAGUUCAGGGGAGUUGUCGUGUUAUGGGGUGGGUGUACCGGAGCCCUACAUCACCUGGCGUAGGAGUGAUGGCUUGCCCUUCUCCACACGCUUCACAAAAGAUGCUGAUGGUAACCUCGGAGUCACAGCUAUAGAAGUGGAAGAUGAGGGUAACUACAUAUGUACCCUCGAGAACCAGUACGGAAGAGUGGACUUACAGGCAACACUCUCGGUAUCAGGACUGUUGGCCCCAUUGAUCGCUGCACCACCGGACCCGUACCUGAAGGUCGCUCUUGACUCGCCUGUCAUUCUUCCCUGCACUGUGGUCAUAGCCAAUCCUCCUCCACAACUUGUCUGGCUGUUUCAAGGUUCUCCCAUUAGCCUGGACAGUGGGAUGGUCAUGGAGGCAGAUGGUUCCCUGAAUAUCUCCAGAGUACUUCAACAUGAUGAGGGUGACUAUCAGUGCGUUGCUACGAAUGUUGCUGGAAACUCCUCCUUCACCUUGCACCUCAGCGUCCAAGUUCCUCCUCGUGCAAAGACAAAUCGCUUGGAUGAGAAGGUCGUGGCUCUGGAGGGUGACCAGAUGAAGCUGAAGUGUCCAGUUAGAGCUUCUCCUCCACUGACGUUUAUCUGGCACAAGGACGGGCAACGUAUCUUAGGCGGGUCUCACAGGAUGCGUUUGAAGAAGAAUGGAACCCUGGCUAUAAAAUCAUUGGUGACCGAAGAUGCCGGUACUUACGUGUGUACUGCCGUCAAUGCCGUUGGUGCCACCAAGAUACCUGUAGUUCUGGAAGUUCAUGUUCCCCCAACGAUUAGGGAAGAUUCCGAGAUGUACUCUGUGUCCGAGAGGGAGGUGUUGGUGGUACCGUGCGUGACUACUGGGAUCCCACCGCCUACUCUUACCUGGAUUCGUGACGACCAAACUCUCAUGUGGAACAACACGCUCAGAGAUGGAUCACUCGGACUUGUGGGGUCAGCGGAGAGUGAGGGCCGCUACGAGUGCUUGGUGACUAAUGCUGCCGGUUCAGCUAAACGUGCAGUCAAUGUUAUGUUGAUUAGAAGACCAGAGAUCUCUCCACCAGGUGAUGAGACUUUGACGGUGUUGACCGGGCAAGAUCUGAAGCUACCAUGUGAGGUUACUGGUCAUCCACCUCCUUCUGUUAUAUGGAGGAGAGAUGGAGAGAAGUUGACUGCCAUGGAUGACUUAGGACUGAAUCCAAGAUACCUACUAAUGAAUGAAGUGACACCUGACCUGGCUGGAACCUAUACCUGUACUGCCAAUAAUUCUGUUGGGGAAGCCAUGAAGACCUUCACCAUUACUGUUAACUAUGCUCCUUUAGUGGAGGAGGAGCUACAGCUGUGGCCAGAGAGGAGUGUAGUGGAGGGUGGCCAGCUGUCACUCCCUUGUAAUGCCAAUGCCUAUCCUGAGCCAACACGUGACUGGACAAAAGAUGGGGCCAAACUUCUGCCUGGGAAUGAUUUAACCAUUUCAAGUGAAGGUGCGGUGGAGGUAUCUCGUGCUGCCCCCACCCACUCUGGCAGCUACAGAUGCACGCUGGUCAACAAGAUUGGGGAGGCUUAUAUUGACUAUGAUGUUAAAGUUCUCAUUCCACCCAAGGUUGCAUCACAGCACCGCUCAGAAACUCCUGUGGUAGUUGAGGGUGACGGGGUGAAAAUAAAUUGUCCCAUUGAUGCUGUUCCAUUGCCCACCAUCUCCUGGUUCAAGGACGGCCUCUCUAUCUUCUCUACCAAGGACCGAGCAGACAUGACCCAUAUAAUUGUUGAAGACAAUGGCCAAACUCUUCAUAUAUUAGAGGCAACAGUUGAUGAUAAAGGUGUAUACCAGUGUAUAGCCAAGAAUGAUGCUGGGGAGACAGAACUGCUCUUCCCUCUGGAGGUGUUGGUUGCACCUCAGUUUACCCAGUUCUUUCACAUCCCUGACCUGAGGCUCAAGGUGGGAGAAGAACUUAGUUUAAACUGUGAUGUUAAUGGAGACCCAGAACCUCAGGUGUUGUGGCAGCAUAACGGAGAGCCGCUGUAUGUGCACGUGAUGCCUGGUGGCCAACAAGUGCACAUACCAAGGGUGAAGGUCAGGGAUGCCGGCCUCUACACCUGCUACGCUGUCAACUCGGCCGGCACAACACACAGGAACUUCUCCGUUACUGUCCUGAAGGCCCCAGUCUUAGAGGAUGGUGUUGGACAAAAUACAGUAGCAGAAGUGAUGGGGAAAGACAGUCAACUGAGGUGUGAUGUGACAGGGUCUCCGGUGCCUAUCAUCUCGUGGCUCAAAGACGAGUUGCCUCUUACUAAUUCGUCUGGAGUGGAGUACUCAACAGCAGAGGACAGGCAGGUGUUAGUGUUGCACCGUGUCUCUUCCACAUCCUCGGGAGUGUAUAUCUGUAAUGCCACCAAUAGUGUCGGUAGUGCCGUCAGAGAGUUCAACUUCACAGUCAUGACCCCUCCCUCAGUGAGACACAGGAGUGGUGAUGGUGACAAUGAUGAUGUGGAAGACAUAAAGGUGGUGGCCGGGAGAGACAUUAUCAUGUACUGCUGGGUAGAUGGCUCUCCCCUGCCUACAAUUACGUGGUGGCGUGGCGGUCAAAGUCUGACUCUUUCACCGCGUUUCCACCUGACGGCACCUGACCAGUUGUUGAUUACAAAUACCCAAGAUGUGGAUUCUGGAGACUAUUCCUGCCUGGCCACAAAUCGGGCUGGAACUGCCGAGAAACAAUUUGAUGUUCAAGUAAUUGUACCCGCUGAGAUCAAAGAUUCAAGUGAGGCCGGUGAGAAGUCUGAGAAUCGGCCCUAUCAGGAGGUGUUGGUAGAUAUGCCCAUCUCUCUCUACUGUCCUGCUGUUGGCUCACCUCUGCCCUACAUCACCUGGACCAAGGAUGAUACCCCAUUAGUAGGCCUCUUAGGGACGGGACUUGAUGGUCGUCUUAACCUUGGAGAGGAUGGACGUCGCCUCCUACUGUCUGGGGCAGUUAUCAGUGACUCUGGCACUUACACUUGUACUGCUGAGAAUGAAGGGGGAAGAGAUUCUGUAUCUUAUGAUGUUGUUGUUUUAGUUCCUCCAAUGAUUAUCCAAGAGACGGACACUUUCUACUCGACCGUUGAAGGUGAGGAGUUGGAUCUUCAGUGUGAGGCAGAAGGUGAUCCUGCCCCAGCCAUAGUUUGGUUGCAGGACGGUGUAGUGUUAGAGGACUUGGAGUUACCUGGAGUCAUCAUUGAAGAUGCCAUUACUGUAAUGGCAGAUAAUGUAACAAAAUCUAAUUCAACUGUCAGGAUCGUUUCUGUGAGUGAGAUUCAUGCUGGAUCUUAUACAUGCAUAGCCAGCAGUAUGGCAGGGUCUGACGAGUUGUCUUAUGUUGUACGAGUGGCCACCGUUCCUCGCCUGGAGGACGACCUAACCAGCACACACCUCACUGCCCGUGUUAAUCGUCCUGCCACACUAGUCUGCCAAGUCCAGUCCACGCCUGACCCACAAAUCUUUUGGUUCAAGAACUCUAACCCACUGGAAGAUGAUGCUCCCAAUGUACAUUUGAGUGUGGAUGGACGGGACAUAAAAUUCCUGCAAGUGACGGAGAGCGAUGCGGGCAACUACUCUUGUUUGGCGGUCAAUGAUGCUGGAGCCAUCUUCCUCAACUUUACCCUGGAAGUUCAUGUUCCACCGCGUCUCGUGGAAGAAGUGGAUGAUGUACAAUACGUUGUUGCUGGUGCUGACGUGGAGUUCUAUUGCCCAGUCCAUGCUACACCCACGCCCUCAAUUCUCUGGAUGAAGGAUACCUCCAUUAUGCAGCAGACCUUCACUGCCUUGGACCCUCGGACACUAUUAUUGAAAAAUGUAAACAAAACUGAUGAUGGACGCUACGUGUGUCUUGCCACCAAUGAGGCCGGCACAGUGGAACAGGACUUCACCCUUCGUGUCAUGGUUCCACCACGGUUGUCGGAUCUGGACAGUCCCAUGGUGGAGAAAUCUGUCGUAGUUAGUCGGCCAGUUACCAUCACCUGUUUCAUCGUCGCCGACCCCCCACCAACCAUCACCUGGCUUAAGGACGGGAAGUCACUGUCCUCUCUGUCCUCCGAAGUGACCGUUGACAACCGCGGACGUCACUUAACCAUUUCGUAUGCACAGCCAUCAGACAGUGGCAACUACACCUGUCAAGCCACCAAUGUUGCCGGCACCACCAACCUCACUACUCUCCUCUCGGUUCUCACACCACCAUCCUGGAACAGCGACUCUGACUUAGAGGAGGAGAUAGUAGGAGUUGCUGGACAUGGUCUUGACCUGUACUGUGAUGUGUUGUCCUCUCCAGCCCCCUCAAUACUCUGGGUCAAGGAUGGACAGAUGCUCACUCCAACACCUGAAAAAGUUCUUCUUACUCAGAAUGAUAAACUGCUGCAGCUGAAAUCGCUGAAGGAUAGUGACAGCGGGCACUACACAUGUGUCGCUAAUAAUGCCGCUGGUACUGCAGAAUAUGACUUUGAGGUGACUGUGUUAGCCCCACCAACUCUCCUCUACCAACCACAGACUGACCACACAGUGCUGGUGAACCGAGCUGUAUCACUCGAGUGCCCGGUAGAGGGAACACCACAGCCUGAUAUUGAAUGGAUAGUGGAUGACCAACCCGUCACAGACUCCAGCCGGUUUAUAAGUUUAUCCUCUACAAAAACUCAACUAAAUCUGUUCAGGGUACAGAGCACAAGUAAAGGCCAAGUGUCGUGUAUAGCAAGUAAUGGUGUGGGUGACCUGAUAACCAACUACACCUUAAAUGUGUUGGUUCCUCCCUCCAUCGUCGCCACACCAACCACACGUCGGGUGAAGGUGCAGGAGGGGGAUGUCCUCACCCUCACCUGUAAGGCUCAGGGCCACCCAACUCCACAGGUAGCCUGGGUGACAGCUGGAGGUAAAGUGUUGAGUGAGAGGGAGCUGUAUGCUUCAGGUCUGGCAAUACAGGAUGAAGGUCAGUCCUUAGUGGUGUUGGAUGUGAAUGGGGAGCACGAGGGACGCUACACUUGCAUCGUCUCCAACUCUGCUGGUUCAGCCGAGGAAUCCUUCUUUGUUCAAGUCUUGUUACCACCUGUGAUUGAGGUGCCUGAGCAAGGGACAUCACUGGAGGUGGUACAGAGCUCAUCCAUUAUGCUGCCCUGUGUGGUAGAUGCUCGACCUCCAGCCUCCAUCUCCUGGUUUAAGAAUGGCAAGGCCCUGGAAGUAGGACGAGAUCCUUUCCUGCACAUGACGGGUGGCGGGGAACGUCUGAGCUUCUUGCGGGUCCUUCCACACCAUGCAGCCAACUACACCUGUAUGGCCACCAGUGUUGCUGGCGAUGACUCCAUCACCUAUGAUUUACAUGUUAUGGUUCCUCCGGUAAUUAUCGAAGACAUAGACGAGAACAUCGUAGGCGGGGGUGUGGGCGGGGAGACCAUAGGUGUGGUUGGCGGCGAGAUAGACUUGGAAUGUUACACACUAGGGACACCCACACCCUCUCUCUCUUGGACCAAGGAUGAGCAAGAUGUGGUGCCCAGUGAGCGGUUGAGGACGCACGAAGAUGGACAAGUACUGAAGAUUCAAGAGGCCCGUACAAAUGAUUCUGGACGUUACUCUUGCACAGCCACCUCCCCCUCAGGCAUAGCGUCCAGAGAUUUUGUGGUCAUCAUUCACAGUCCACCUCGCAUCAUACCACCUCCAGAGAAGACACUAGAUGUGGUGUUAAAUCAGCCGCUGGUACUGACGUGUGAGGCCGAGAGUUCACUUAAGCCUGCAGUGUCUUGGGUCAGACAUGGACAACCCAUUACACCAUUCACCAAUGCCAACUAUCAGGUGAGGUCAGGGGGCGAGGAACUGCAUCUCCGGCGUGUGAGGAAGGGUGAUGGCGGCCCCUUCACGUGUAUUGUGGUCAACGCUGCGGGACAGGACACACUCACUUAUACCCUCACUGUUCAAGUACCAGCCAUGAUUGAGCGAGCUAACGUACAACAGCGCUUGGUGGGCGUGGCUGGCCAGGCUGCUGAGCUGGUGUGUGAGGCCUCUGGUAAUCCAACACCGACCAUCUCUUGGACACACGCCAACACACUCAUCACAGAGGAACACCCACACUACAAGAUUAUGGAUAAGGGUGAGAGACUACAAGUGGUACAACUGAAGAAGGAUGAUGAGGGUGUGGUCACCUGUACUGUUGUCAACCCUGCCGGCCAAGACAGUCUCAACUUCACUUUACAAGUCUUAGUGUCCCCUCAUAUACCAACUGAUGCCGUGACUGAAGUUACAGCAAGAGAGGGCGAGAGUGUUGUCCUAGUGUGUCCAGUCACCUCCACGCCUGCCCCAUCUGUGAUAUGGUCAGUGGGUGGCUCCAUCGUGGGUGUGAGUGGGCGUGGCAAUGUGGACGUAGGUAGUGACGGACGAACACUGAGGAUAGUACGGGUGGGCAACCACGACACUGGUGUGUACACUUGUAUUGCCUCAAAUGCUGCUGGAGUCCUUGAUAUCCCCAUCAAACUCAACGUACUGGUACCGCCACUGAUUGCUGGUACAAGGCGGGGCAGUCACCUUCGGGAGGGAACAGAGGUGGUUACGGUGAUGGAGGGUGGCCACGCUGCGCUGGAAUGUCACCUGGUCAAAGGUUCCCCACCACCCACCAGACAGUGGUUCCUUGGGAAGGAUCUCCACCGUCCACAACACACAGUUUUGGGCGACGGAGAGAAGCUGGUGAUCACAGGAGCCGAGGUGAAGGACUCUGGAGUGUAUCAGUGUGUGGCAGAAAACUCAGCCGGCAAAGACACCAAGAUGGUGAGAGUUGCUGUACAAGCACCACCCAGGAUCAACAUUACAGCUCUGCCAGGCCAAGCUACAGUCCUCUCUCCAGGAGGAGCUGAGGCGACGUUGUUACCUGCUGAUGGUCGACCACGCAAUACAUCAGUGAGCACCACGUUCACCACCACACAAGACCAAACUGUUACUCUCACCUGCCCCAUCACUGGAUCACCCACACCGCGACGUCUGUGGUACCACGGCUCCCAGGCCCUUGUGUCCUCCUCUAGGCUGGUGGUGGGUGUUGGUGGACGAGACGUCACCAUUGUGGGCGUGAGGCCGGAGGAUGCUGGGGUGUACGUGUGUGUGGCUGUCAACCCUGCAGGUGAAGCACAGCUCACUACUGCCCUCAUUGUCAUUGGUCGCCCUGAGCUGGAGGGUGACCCUGAAGAAUAUAUAUCGGUGCUGGAAGGUCGCUCAGUCACUCUGGAGUGUAAGGUCAAGGUGCCCUCCACAACAACUCGUAGAGGCCCUCACAGACACAAGCCCUACACUAUCACCUGGACGAAAAAUGGACACCAGGUAGAGAACAGCUUUCCCCCAAUGCAGACUACCCCUGACACAUCAGUAAUGGGUGAGAGAGCAGAUGUAGAGGAUUACAGUCAUCAGAACUACUUAGAUAAUUUCUCCGAGAUGGAGGUUGACCCAUCAAAACCACGAGACAACGCCCUUGAUAAUGGCUGGCAUAGAUCUAGAAAGCAGAAUUCUACGUCACUGGAGAAGAUAUCGUAUGAUGGCACACGUUUAACUCUACCAAAAGUAACAAAGGUUAAUGAAGGAUUGUACACCUGUGAAGUCAACAAUGAAGCUGGAGUGACCAAGAGAACGUUUAGAGUUGAUGCCUUGGUGCCACCAGAGAUUGACACAGAACAGGAUGUGAUGCUCUACCAAGCAGCUGUAGGAGAACCAGUAGUGUUUGAGUGUGAUGCCACUGGUGACCCGCCCCCAGAGGUGACUUGGUACCUAGGCUCCGACCCUGUGAAGCAGAACGCCCGCAUACAACUUUCAGAGAAUGAUCACGUGCUCAACAUACCAGCAGUACAGGAAGGUGAUGAUGGUGACUAUACAUGCAUUGCCACCAACUUAGCAGGUAGCAAGGAGGAGACGUUUCAUCUGCAGGUGUUAGUUCCUCCAAAGAUGUCGGGCCCAGAGGUGUUGCCAGUUGCAGGGGUGAGCGGGCAGCCAGUGAGGUUAGAGUGUGAGGUAAGUGGCUAUCCUCAACCUAACGUCACCUGGACCUACGACAACCAGCAGUUAAUUCCAGACCGCACCGUCCACAUAGAAAAUAACAAACUUACUAUUGAACGAGUGACGGCAGACCUGGCAGGACGGUAUAUGUGUACAGCUGUAAACUUAGUCGGCCGAGCAGUGAGACAUUUUGAACUUGAGGUUACAGAAGCACCAUUCAUCGUGGGCAGCGGGAACGAGGAGACGAUCACUGUUGUAGAAGGAGAGUCUGCUGCCUUGCACUGUGUAGCAUCUGGCUAUCCUGACCCUAUCAUCUCCUGGUUCAAGGAGGGCGGCGGUAUACGUAUUGAUAAGCGAGUAAAUUUAUCCUGGGGUGGACGGACUCUACUAAUACAAGACGUGGGUCAGGAUGAUGGUGGACGCUAUACGUGCAUGGCUUCAAACCUCGUUGGUAACCACACGAGAGAUUACCGUGUACAGGUUCUCCAGGCACCACAGCUGUUGGAAGCCCUGCAGGAGGUAGUGGCAGUGUCUGGAGAAGUUGUCAAUCUCAUGUGUACAUAUUCUGGUCACCCUCCACCGAAGAUCAGUUGGUACUUUGAAGGAACACCUGCGGCCAUAUCCGAGAGACUUCUGCCGUCUGGAACGCUUCAGAUCUCACCAGUACGGCCCGAAGAUGCCGGCAACUAUACGUGUGUGGCUGAUAAUGAGGCUGGGAAGGCCAACCACACCCUUAAUCUCUCAGUCCUCACUCCUCCAUCAGUGAGAGUACAGGAGAAGAAGGUGGUGGUGGUGAGUGGAGGAACAGUGACUCUACACUGUCAUGGUCGAGGCUCACCAACCCCAGCCCUAACUUGGCUCAAAGGACAUCACGUUAUUACUGAGAGUCCAGAUUUUAGGUUGGAUGGGAAUGGGAGCCUUCACCUGCCCAAGGUCACCCCUGCACUAGCUGACACAUACAUCUGUACUGCCCGCAGCCCUGCCGGCUCUGCACAUGACCACACAAAUCUUAUCGUCCAGGAGCCUCCAUCAGUAGUGCCCUCAGAGGAUGAGGUGGUCACUGUAGCAGGUAAAGAAGUUAAACUUACAUGUGAAGUGACAGGCCAGCCAUUACCCACCAUCACUUGGACCCGACCAGACCUUGCUCACCAGCCCAUCACGCCAGAGGACCCUCGUGUUCAGAUUUCUGGUGCAGACCUUGUGAUCAUGCCAGUAGCAGUUGAAGACAUGGGACGCUAUGAGUGCAUGGCCCACAACCCUGCGGGACGAACUACAGCUCAGGUGCUCCUGACAGUCCACUCCCCACCAUCAGUCUUUGAGGAGCUGUCGGAGAUGGUAACUGUGAUGCGGGGAGACAGUUUGACUCUCGGUUGUUCAGUGUCGGGCUACCCUCCUCCCCGCUCCACCUGGCUGAAGGAAGGUCGUAUCCUGUCUGAGAAUCUAAGGCUCACAUUCGCCACCAAUGGGGAACUUGUCAUAACUGCAGCCCAGGCGUCUGAUUCUGGGCUGUACACGUGUUUAGUGACCAACACAGCAGGUCGUCUUUAUCGUGAAGUGGAUGUUCUGGUGCUGGUCCCUCCCCGCCUCACUGUCCUUCCUCGCACCACUCAGGUCACCCGAGGGGACAGGUUUGAGCUGGAGUGUGAGGCUGUGGGUGUUCCUGUCCCUACCAUCAGGUGGCUCUUAAAUGGAACACAGGUAGAUGGUGUUGGUGCUUCCUCAAAUGGGCGUUCAAUGAUGGUAGUGGCACGUGCUUCUAAAACAGACGAAGGAACUUAUACUUGCAUCGCAGAGAAUGACGCCGGGCACAGGAAGGCCAUUGCUGGUAUACGAGUUAAGGUUCCUCCUGUGAUCAUGUACGCCCCUGAGGAGAUGACUGUGUUGGAGCUGAACGCCGUCACUUUAACGUGUGUUGCUGAAGGUGACCCGGCGCCUGCCACCACCUGGAUCAAGGAGGGACACUCUGUACAUUCUUCAGACAGAGUUCACUUGAUGGAUAAUGGCUCCCUGGUCAUUAAUUCAUCUCAAGCUUCUGAUGCGGGUGAGUACAAGUGUGUGGUGAGCAAUGACGCCGGGGCAGCUGAAGCCACGGCUCAUCUGGUGGUCCACACGCCUCCUAUCCUCACACGUCCGCCCAUUACUUCAGUUGUGGAGGUCGGAGGAACAGUGACGUUUGACUGUGAGGCUGAGGGUUCUCCAUCCCCAACCAUACAGUGGAGCGUCACUCCUGGUGAAAUGCACUCACGAUUCUUACGACUGACCAAUGGUUCUUUACAGCUCAUAGCAGCACAGAUGGAGGAUGAGGGCCAAGUCAUAUGUCAGGCUUAUAAUGAACUUGGAGAAGAAUUAGCAAAGGCUGACCUCUAUAUCAAGGUUUUGGGCAUGUGGGGGUCGUGGGGCCCUUGGUCACACUGCAGUGUAUCUUGUGGUACUGGACAACAGGAGAGGAGAAGGAGAUGUAAUUCUCCUGCACCACAGCACGGAGGUUCUCCCUGUCAGGGUGACGAGGCUCACACCCGUCCCUGCCGUCCUCAGCCCUGUCCCGUUGAUGGUAACUGGUCUCCGUGGGAUCCCUGGAGUGAGUGUAGCACCACUUGUGGUAGUGGAGUACGACUGAGGUCCAGGUACUGCAUGGCUCCUGCCCCCUUGUACGGUGGUCGUCCUUGUCCAGGUGUUGCUGUUGAGGAAGAGGACUGCCGGCUGAGAGACUGUCCAGUGUCAGGUGAAUGGAGUUUGUGGACGUCAUGGUCUGACUGCAGUGUAACCUGUGGUCAGGGACUACGUCAGCGGACCCGUCUGUGUGACUCCCCGCCACCUGCAGCUGGGGGAGCAGAGUGUGAGGGUGAUGACCUGGAAGUCAUGCCUUGUUCAAACUCACCGUGUCUGCUGGAUGGUAACUGGGGUUCCUGGGAGCCCUGGAGUGUAUGCAGCGUAUCAUGUGGUGGAGGAGUACGAAGACGGCAGAGAGAGUGCAAUGAUCCCCCUCCUUCCAACGGUGGACGGUUCUGUCCCGGCUCUGACACUCUGGAGGACUACUGCAAUCUCGAUAUGUGUCCUGUCAAUGGUGGUUGGUCAACUUGGUCUGUCUGGGGGUCGUGCACAGCAACAUGCGGGGGCGGCCAACGACGAAGGUUCCGAACAUGUGAUAACCCCUCCCCCUCCCUGGACGGUCGAGCGUGUACAGGUCCAGACACUGACACUGAAGCCUGUAAUGUUGAGAAAUGUCCAGUAAAUGGUGCGUGGGGAUCUUGGAGUGAGUGGACAGGCUGUAGCAUGACGUGUGGGAUAGGAGUCAGGGUGAAGAACAGAAGGUGCAGCGCUCCCUAUCCCAGGUUUGGCGGGUUAUCCUGUCAGGGAGAAGAACGGCAGAUUGAGAAAUGUGAGGGAGACGCGUGUGAGGUGUUGCCUGUGGUGGCUCGGGGAACGCUCACAGGGAACGUCAACGGGGAAGACCUCGGAAUUGUUGGGUUGUCUGCUAAUGUCACCACACUUGGGAUGCAGAGAACUGUGUCAGCUAACAUCAGUCCUCUUAUACCUAAACAUGGAACAUGGCUGACUCCCCUCCUGUCAGUGGUGUCACCUGUGUACUGGACUUCAGCCUAUGAGGUUAAUGGAGCAGCAAAUGGACACACUCUUACCAAGGGAUUCUUCCGUCGAGAGGCCCAUGUUGCAUUUGCUACUGGUGAGACUGUGAACAUGACUCAGGUGGUCCGUGGUGUUGACUCAAACGGGGUCUUGCUGGUGACGGUGGAAGUCACUGGUGAUGUUCCUUACCUACCACCAGGUUCAGUCAUCACCCUUCAACCUUACAAUGAGAACUACAUACAGACAGGUGGCGGCUCUCUGUUUGCUACAUCCAUUCGUACCUUCUCUGUAGGGGAGUACCAUCUGCCUUAUGCUUGGAACCAAACUAUCUCUUAUGAUGCUCAGCUGGGUAGGAUGCCUUAUCUCGUGGAGACACUGCGUGCUGAUGGAUUAGGAUCAUUUUACAGCAACAGCCAAGCUGAACUUAACCUCAUAGUGUCGACCAACAUAUCUCCGGGGUCACCGAGAGAUUCGUGUCCUUCGGGAUUCACAUUGGAUAAAUCGGGACCAUAUUGUCGAGAUAAUGACGAAUGUGUGACGUCCACCAGUCGUUGUUCCCACGGCUGCACCAACACUGUCGGCAGCUACUCCUGCACCUGCACCCCGGGCUACACAUUGGGUCCUGAUGGUUAUACGUGUCAAGAUGUAGACGAGUGUUCCAUGGUUAAUGUGUGUGGACCACAACAGCAGUGUGACAAUACCCCUGGCUCCUACACAUGCACCUAUACCUGUCGUCAUGGUCUACGCAGGACAUCUUCGGGCACGGCCUGUGAGGACAUCAAUGAGUGCCAGCAGCAGCCAGAUGUUUGUGACCAGACAUGCCUUAAUCUUAUUGGUGGAUACCGAUGUGAUUGUCGCCGGGGCUUCAGGCUCGUUGGCCAGAGUCGCUGUCUGGAUAUUGAUGAGUGCUUCCAGUUCCAUCCCCCAUGUACCCAUGGAUGUGAAAAUACGGUUGGCUCCUUCAGAUGUACAUGCCCUGAAGGGCACACUCUCCUGCCUAAUGGUCGCUGCAAAGACAUCAAUGAGUGUGCCUCUUACCUCCAUGACUGUCUGGAGGAGCAAGAGUGCCGCAACACUAAGGGGUCUUAUUCCUGCAUCACCCACUGUCCCACAGGUCUUACCCAGGCCAGUAAUGGCACGUGUACAGAUAUUGACGAGUGCUCUGAAGAAAUCUCUGGAUGCCACUACACCCAGACCUGUGCAAACACUUGGGGCUCUUACCGCUGCUCGUGUAGUCAGGGAUUCAGUUCUUCAGGAUCAGGACAGCCGUGCCUUGAUGUGGAUGAGUGUGCCUUGAGAGAGAGAUGCCAACACCACUGUCACAACACAUUUGGAAGUUACAUGUGCCUCUGUCCUGCAGGUUACCGUCUAAAUCCUAACCAGCGAACCUGUGAUGAUAUUGAUGAAUGUAUUGAGCAAGGUGUAAAGUGUGGGCGGGAUGAACUGUGCUUCAAUUUGCGUGGCUCUUACAAGUGUAUCCCCACCCCUUGUCCUCCUGAGUACCAGCGAGAUGUUGCCACCGGGUCAUGUAUUCUGGACUGUCGGCGGGGUCAUUCUAGCUGCCCACCGGGGGUCAGCUACGCCCACAUCCUGGCCUUUAAAACUGCCUCUCUUCCUGCUGGUAUCCAUGCUAAGCAAGACCUUGUAAGAUUAAUGGCCUAUGACCAAGCAGGGAACUUGGUGCCACAGACUCUUCACCAUCAUAGAAAAUGAAACUGGUAUUAUGUUCAGAAUCCGUCUAGAGAAUGGAAAGGGCAUCCUCAGCACACUCCAGGCACUGACUGCUGGGCAGGAAUAUAGGAUGGUGGUAGAAGCAGUGUCAUAUGAUGAGGUCGAACGCUUCAUCAAGUACUCCACCAGGUUCAUCAUAUUUCUGCAUAUAUCAGAGUACUCAUAUUAAGGAGGUAAAACCCACUCUUGAUUGAAAUUGGUCUCAGUUGCAGAGAGAGAGAGAGAGAGAGAGAGCAAGCAAGCAAGUAAGAACAAUCAGUAGAUCUUGAAAAAAAAAAGUCCCAUUAACACAACCAGUAAGAUGCAUCUGCUUUACUUUACCUUAUCAUCUUCCUCACUGAUUGAUGUGUUAGCCACUUACUCUAGUACAGUACAGUAUUUAUUGUCUUGUAAGCAGGUGACGAUUACCUCCCGGGUAGAGAGUAGCUCGGAGCACUAACCUGUACAGGUACAUACACCGAGUGCACAUUACAAUAAGGACAUCAUCAAGUAAAUGUUAUAACUGUGUUGCUCGAUUAUUUACUGAAAAAGAAAAAAAUCAGCUUGGCAUUACUUGUAUUAGAGAACUUAGCUCAUUGAGUUACUGUACACAGGUAUUCCUUUAAGUGUAACUGAAUUUGAGUAGUACAUGUAAUGUAAUUUUUAGUUGCUUUUGUGGUAUGUACAUGUUGGUGUACCAUAUCUUAAUAUAAACACAACACAACUUAUAAUGUUAUUUCAUAAUUCCAAAGAAAAACUAAAUCACAAAAGAAAUAAAUAAACUUAGAAAUUUCAUAUUAGAUAAUCUUUCCCAAAUUCCUGUAGUAUUGCUAUUUUUUCUGUAAACAAAAGUACAGUAGUUGUAAUGUAAUAUAAGUAGUGUCAGAUUCCUUGUUUAUUUUUAAUCAUGACAAUAUUUUAUAAUUUUCUGUAAGUUGAAAAACUGUCUCUCUUGUGUGAUUUUCAUUCUUGUUAAGUGAUUGAUGUUUAGUUACAGACAGACUUCAGCUGUUGUUAUCUACAUGUAUUUGUUGUUUUAGGACAUAAGAAUCGGUUUUCUUUGUAUUUAUCAAACCCAUACUUGUACAUUUUCUGCACAAUGAUAUGUUUUUAAGUAUUUAUAGAGAACAUCUUUGUGUUAGUGUUUAGCAGUAAAGUGGCGGCCAUAAUUGUUUAAAGGUUAUCAUCUGAUAUGUCCCUUUAACAUUCCAGGGUACAUUUAUAUUUUGCACAGACUUUGUCUUGCAAAUUUCUGGUUUUGACACAUUUUUAAUAAAUAAAAAGAUUCUUUGU